AUGGUAAAGACUCAGCCAAUGAUCAAGAAAAGAAAACAGCAUAGGCUGCCAGGUUACACCAUUACUAAUCCAAAGGUGCAUUGUGUAUUUGAUUCCUUUAACCUCGCUGCUCUCUUAGUUUCUCUUUCAGACCCAAAAAUCAUCACAGCCGAGUCUGGACAGAACGUCACUCUGCCAUGUCGAGCUUCAAACAACAACUUCAUAAUACUUGAGUGGAGCAGAGCUGAUCUGGGGACACAGCAUGUUGUUGUGUACAGGGAUGGGCACUUUGCUCCAGACAACCAGCAUCCAUCUUUUAAGAACCGGGUGGAUCUGCAGGACAGACAGAUGAAGGAUGGAGACGUGUCUUUGAUUCUGAAAAAUGUGACAACUGCUGAUAAUGGAACAUAUGAGUGUCGUGUCUUAAUGGGAGAAAUACACUCGUGGGAGCUCAACAUCAUCUACCUGAGUGUUGUUGAUCCUCCAGCUCACGAAAACAUCCAAAUACCACCAGCAAUAAAAGCGAGUAGGCCAAAUGCAGUUCCUGCUGACGCACCGACUAUCACUCCAACAGGUACACCUGUCUGAGCUGCAGGUGAGAAACAGGUGUGAGGUGUCAGCUGUCAGGUAGGUGAUGAGUG